AUGCCACCCAAGAGAUCCCACGCGGAGAUGUCGGCUACAGGAAAUGAACCGCCGGCGCUGGAUGAUUGCCCACUAGGAGAACAUCUGGUCGCUUUUGCACAACGAGAGCAUGAAGUUAUCAAGAUAUGCCUGAGUUCCUAUGACGCCAACAUCGGUUCCAUCUUCCUGCCCCGUGAGAAGUUUGAAUCCGUCUGUCGCAGUGGCCACCGCCCUGUCUACCGUCAGCGUGAACCUAAAACCACACCGAAAUUAUUGUUGCUUGACGAAAGGAACUGCCCCGAGGUACUUGGUCUGUUCGUACAAUGGCUCUACACUGGAAGAUACACUGAGCAGAGUGGCCCAGUCGGGAAAUUGGACAGCGUUACCAAAACUCCGCGCCUGGACAUGUGCAACUCUUACGAAAAAGACACCAUGGAGUGGACAGCCAAGGCUGCGGUACUAGCUUGGGCUUUGGGUAAAGAGCUGAGAGUACCCAGCUUCCAGAACUAUGCUAUGAGACGCCUGUUCGCCGCUUUCUCACGCCCUUCCAAAAGACCGUUACUCACACCAGCCUUGUAUAAAUACGGUCGAAAAGUAGGCCGCUACUGGUUCAUCGGAAGUCUCGCCUCUAGGGAAGAAUGGAGAGACAAGGGACCACUGGAGCGGGCGCUAGGCGUAACUAUCAUUCGAAAUUGGGGCGACUCGGCUGUAGUUGAUCAAGAGGAAUUGGAACCGUGGUCCGAUUUGCUCAGAUCAUCCGACGCAUUCCGGGACAAGUUCCUCGAAGGAUCUCUACUGUCGCUCAAAGAACGUCGUAAGAAGACCCUGAUGGCGGAAGAUUAUUUCGUCGAUGUGCCCUAG